ACUUGCUUUUACCGUCGAUAUAGCGCGGGGUUUUGGUUUGAGUCUGUAGUUGCCGCACAUCCUCUGGAGAACAAUGGUGACGAUCAGGUCUGUCAAAGCUAGGCAGAUUUACGAUAGCCGUGGAAACCCUACUGUUGAGGCGGAUGUUCACCUCAGCAACGGAACGUUUGCAAGAGCUGCAGUGCCCAGUGGUGCCUCCACAGGAGCCUAUGAAGCUUUGGAGCUUAGAGAUGGAGGGUCUGAACAUCUUGGCAAAGGUGUGCUUAAGGCUGUUCAGAAUGUGAACGCUAUCAUUGGACCGGCAUUGAUUGGAAAGGAUCCAACAGAGCAAUCACAGAUUGAUACCUUCAUGGUGCAAGAGCUUGAUGGGACCUCUAAUCAGUGGGGUUGGUGCAAACAAAAGCUUGGUGCAAAUGCCAUAUUGGCAGUAUCUCUUGCUGUAUGCAAAGCUGGAGCUGCAGUGAAGAAGAUUCCUCUCUACCAGCAUAUUGCUAAUCUUGCUGGAAACAAGAAUCUGGUUUUACCUGUACCAGCAUUCAAUGUUAUCAAUGGAGGGUCGCAUGCAGGAAACAAGCUUGCUAUGCAGGAGUUUAUGAUCCUUCCUGUUGGAGCAACCUCAUUUAAGGAAGCCAUGAGGAUGGGUGUUGAAGUUUAUCACAACCUAAAGGGUGUUAUUAAGAAGAAAUAUGGUCAAGAUGCUACCAAUGUUGGGGAUGAAGGUGGUUUUGCACCUAAUAUUCAGGAGAACAAGGAAGGCCUUGAGUUGUUGAAGACUGCUAUUGCUAAGUCUGGUUAUACCGGCAAAGUUGUUAUUGGAAUGGAUGUUGCUGCCUCUGAGUUUUAUAGUGAUAAGGAUCAAACAUAUGAUCUCAACUUCAAAGAGGAGAACAAUGAUGGCUCACAGAAGAUAUCAGGAGAUAGUCUGAAAAAUGUAUACAAAUCAUUUGUAUCAGAAUAUCACGUUGCAUCUAUUGAAGACCCAUUUGAUCAGGAUGAUUGGACCCAUUAUGGGAAGCUGACUGAGGAGAUUGGUCAGGAAGUGCAGAUUGUUGGCGAUGACCUUCUUGUCACUAACCCCACUCGUGUUGCCAAGGCUAUUAAGGAAAAAACUUGCAACGCGCUUCUUUUGAAGGUGAACCAGAUAGGCUCUGUUACCGAGAGCAUUGAAGCUGUGAAGAUGUCUAAGCGUGCUGGCUGGGGCAUAAUGGCAAGCCACCGAAGUGGUGAAACCGAGGAUACUUUCAUUGCUGAUCUUUCCGUAGGCCUGGCAACUGGCCAAAUCAAGACUGGAGCACCUUGUCGAUCUGAGCGUCUCGCCAAAUACAAUCAGCUAUUGAGGAUCGAGGAAGAGCUGGGUGAUGCUGCUAUCUAUGCUGGAGCAAAAUUCAGAGCCCCUGUGGAUCCCUAUUAGGAAGUCAAAUUAGUGCUGUUUGAAUAUUGUUAACUCGAGGAUCAUUUCGGCUGGCAUAAGGAAUAUAGAUGAUGAGUCUUUUGGAUUGCUAAUGGCAUCAUGGUUUUGACUACUUGUUUUGUAAAAUGAAUGCUUUGAUUAACAUCCAUGACUUCAUUCAACUUUGCUGGUUUUCCAACAGAUAUUAAUAUCAGAUCAUUUUCUCUUGACUA